UUUACAUUUUGGCAUAAGAUUACUUCUUUUGUGUACCUUAAAUUCAUAUGAAACCUGAAAUUUUCAUUUGCUCGUUCACCUCCUUGUGUGAAACCUGCAAUUAGAAUAUGAAGGGGCAUUCACUAUCAAAUUGUAGGUGGUUUUUACACAAAUUCCUUCCUGUGUUCAUUGUUUUAUGCAUGAGCACAGGUCUGGAAUCUGCAACACUACCAAAUUUUGGAAAUGAAUCUGAUCGUCUGGCACUGCUAGACUUCAAGAAAAGAAUCACUGAAGAUCCUCUCCAUAUCAUGAGCUCAUGGAAUGAAUCCAUGCAUUUCUGCAGUUGGAUAGGCGUCACAUGCAACAAUUCCACCAGAAGAGUCGUGACCUUGAACUUGCAAGCUCAAAAGUUGGCUGGCUCCAUACCACCUUCCAUAGGGAAUCUUACUCAUCUCACUGGAAUCAACUUGAUAAACAACAACUUUUAUGGUGAAAUUCCUCAGGAAAUGGGUCGUCUCUUGCGCCUGCAAUAUCUCAACAUGUCUCAAAACUCCUUCAGUGGGAAAAUUCCGACUAAUAUAUCUCACUGUACGCAGCUGACAAUGAUUGAUGUUUUUUCCAAUAAACUCAUUGGGACAAUUCCCAACCAACUCAGUUCAUUGUUGAAAUUAACUGUGUUAUGGAUUGGUCGGAACAAUCUCACUGGAACCAUCCCACGUUGGAUUGGGAACUUUUCUUCAUUGUUUGCACUUUCUCUUGGUGAAAACAACUUGCAAGGAAGCAUACCUGAUGAGCUGGGGCGUCUAACUGCUUUGCAGAGAUUCAUACUUACCUCAAAUAAUCUUUCUGGUAUGAUUCCUUCUUCGAUAUAUAACAUUUCCUCCAUAUACUAUUUCACUGUUACUCAGAAUCAACUGCAUGGGGAAAUCCCACAAAACAUUGGCAUUGCUCUUCCUAAUCUGGAGGUAUUUGCCGGAGGUGCCAACAAGUUCACAGGAACUAUUCCUGUGUCCUUGUCAAAUGCUUCUCAGCUAUCCAUUCUUGAAUUUUCCCGAAAUAGUUUUACUGGGAAACUCCCUGCUGAAAGUCUUGGGCGUUUGAAAAGGUUAGUUAGACUAUACUUUGACUUGAACAGACUGGGAAGUGGUCAAGCUGGUGGCCUGAAUUUUCUCAAUUUCCUGACUAAUUGUACUAGUCUUGAGGUGUUGGGUCUUAGCUAUAAUCGCUUUGGAGGAGAAUUACCAGCAUCCAUAGCCAACCUUUCUACCCAGCUAAAAGUUCUUACUCUGGGGGGAAAUUUGAUACAUGGAAGCCUCCCUACUGGUAUUGGAAAUCUGGUAAACUUGACACUUCUGGGAAUUGAACAAAACUACAUUGGUGGUCGUCUCCCUGAUGUAAUUGGGAAGCUUCACAAGUUAGAAGGACUGCAUUUGAAUCUGAACAGAUUUUCAGGGCCAAUCCCAUUCUCCCUAGGUAACUUGACUUCAGUGACAAGGCUCUUCAUGGAGGGGAAUAGGUUUCAGGGAAGCAUACCUCCAAGUCUUGGGAACUGCAAAAAUCUAUUGAUACUCAACCUUUCUAGUAACAAUCUAAAUGGCACAAUACCUAGAGAGGUAGUGGCGAUUAAAUCCCUUUCGAUUUCUUUGACAAUGUCAAACAACUCUUUGACUGGUUCACUACCAUCUGAAGUCGGUGGUUUGGUAAAUCUCGCAGAGCUAGACAUAUCAGGAAACAAAUUAUCGGGUGAAAUCCCUGAAACCCUUGGCAGUUGUAUUAGUUUGGAGCGCCUGCUUUUGAAAGGUAAUGAAUUCAGUGGACAUAUUCCUCAGUCUAUGGAAAAGCUGAGAGGCUUGGAAGAGUUGGACAUUUCACACAAUAACUUAUCUGGCCAGGUUCCUGAAUUUGUAGGCAAGUUUCGAGCUCUCAAGUAUCUCAAUCUUUCUCACAAUGAUUUUGAGGGUGAAUUGCCUAAAGAAGGAAUCUUUUCAAAUGCAACUGGUAUCUCAGUGCUCGGAAAUGAUAAGCUCUGUGGUGGAAUUCCAGAAUUAGUUCUACCUGCAUGUUUCAGCAGAAAGCCUCCUUCAUCGAGAGGACUACUUGCCCCAAAAGUGAUAAUCCCUCUAACUAGUGCAAUUGCAUUAAUAAUUGCUCUUUCCUGCUUGGUUGCUGCACGUUCAAUGAUGAAAAAGCCAAGAGACAGACCUCUGACUUCAUCUUCUCAUAAUGAUUCAUAUCCAAGUAUCUCUUACUCGGAAAUUGUUCAGUCAACUAAUGGGUUUUCUGUGGACAAUUUGAUUGGUUCAGGAAGCUUUGGUUCUGUAUACAAAGGAUUACUCAGUAGUACUGGAAUGGUAGUUGCUGUUAAGGUAUUAAACCUUCAACAACAAGGAGCUUCAAAGAGUUUCAUUGAUGAAUGCAGAGCUCUAAGAAGUAUAAGGCACCGCAAUCUUCUGAAGAUCAUAACUACUUGCUCAAGCACCGACAAUCAGGGUAACGACUUCAAAAGUAUAGUUUUCAAUUUCAUGGCAAAUGGAAGUCUAGAUCCUUGGCUGCACGCUAGAGAAGACGACGGAUCUCAAAGUAAGAGAUUGAGCCUUAUCCAAAGGCUCAAUAUUGCCAUUGAUGUUGCUUGCGCAUUAGAUUACCUACACGACGGUUGUGAAACAUCCAUUGUUCAUUGUGAUCUAAAGCCAAGCAAUGUCCUUCUCGAUGAGUAUAUGGUAGCCCAUGUUGGUGACUUUGGUUUAGCAAGCUUCCUCUUCGAAGCAUCAAAUAAUCAUUCCAAAAGUCAGACCAUGUCAGCUAGGCUAAAGGGUUCCAUAGGCUACAUUCCUCCUGAAUAUGGCAUGGGAUGUCAAGUUUCCAUUCUGGGAGAUAUCUAUAGCUAUGGGAUUCUAUUGCUAGAAAUGUUCACAGGGAAAAGGCCAACGGACGAAAUGUUCAAAGAUGGUCUAAGCAUUCACCAGUUCACAGCCAUGGCUUUCCCUGACCGUGUCAUGGACAUAGUUGACACUUCAUUGCUCCUGGAAACAGAUGAGGAUAAGGAUGAUGAUGAUGAUGACAAAUACAGCAAUGAUAAACAAGAAAGGCCAAUAGCCGGGUAUCAAGAUAUAGGCCUAGUGAAAGCAAGAAGAUUGGAGGAAUGCUUGGUUUCAGUGAUGCAGAUUGGUCUCUCAUGCUCCACAGUAUCACCAAGUGAGCGCAUUCCGAUGAAUGUGGUUGUGAACAAGAUGACUGAAAUUAGAGAUUCCUAUCUCAAAUUGACCAAGACCAAGUUUGUCACCUAAUCUCAUUGCAUACCCUCAAGUCUUGAGAUUAAAGAGUGUGUCUAUAUAUAGAUAUAUAAAGAUAUUUCUUAUAUCAAUUAUGCUCCAUGAUGUAAGAUUGAAUUCAACACUAUAUACUGUAAUCGAAAAGUAAAAACAAGUAUAUGGUAGAGCAAGGCUACCAAAAUGUAUUGUAGCGUCUUUUCAAUAAAAUUGUCACUUUUGAUAA